UGCCAAAAUAAAAAAUCAAGCAAACGCGUAUCAAAAACCGCGAUUACUGCUCCAGCUAUCUCGUAUCCUGUUUCCUUUUCGCUUCCUAAAGCCGGCAGACUCGCCGCUGCCUUUUCUCCUUCCCAUUUCCCAUUGCCAAUUUCCACUUUCCUACAUCAUCCCCAUUAGCAGUCAAUCCCACAAAACCCCAAAACCAAAACCAAAAAGAAGUUCACAUCUUCCCAAAACCAAAAAUAACGACCCCAAGAGCUGAUAAUCAAAUGGGAGUUGACUACUACAACAUUCUUAGAGUCAGCCGUAACGCGACGGAGGAGGACCUCAAAAAAUCCUACAAACGCCUAGCCAUGAGGUGGCACCCGGACAAGAACCCUGUCAACAAGAAAGAAGCGGAGGCUAAAUUCAAGCAGAUUUCUGAAGCCUACGACGUCCUCAGCGACCAGCAAAAGCGUCAGAUCUAUGAUCUUUACGGUGAAGAAGGGAUUAAGUCUGCUGAAUUAUCCAGUCCCAGUGGCUUUGCUGGCGGUGGUGUCGGUGGUGGGGCCUACAGGUUUAAUCCGAGGAAUGCGGAUGACAUAUUCGCUGAGUUUUUUGGAGGGCCCGAGAAGAGGUUUUAUGGAGAUGGUGGGGUCGGGAGUCAAGGGAACAAGAAGGCGGCGCCGGUCGAAAGCAGGUUGGUUUGCAGUUUGGAGGAGCUUUAUAAAGGUGGUAGGAGAAAAAUGCGGAUUUCCCGGACCGUUCCUGAUGAAUUUGGUAAGCCAAAGACCGUGGACGAAAUUUUAAAAAUAGAUAUCAAGCCUGGCUGGAAGAAGGGCACAAAAAUUACUUUUCCUGAGAAAGGAAACCAUGAACCCGGCAUCACUCCAGCUGAUCUUAUCUUUGUGGUGGAUGAGAAACCCCAUGCUAUAUUUAAGAGGGAUGGGAAUGAUCUGGUUAUCAAUCAGAAAAUCUCUCUUCUUGAGGCCCUCACUGGGAUUACCCUCAGUUUGGCAACCUUGGAUGGAAGAAAUCUCACAAUCCCGGUAAAAGAUAUUGUGAAACCAGGUCAUGAAGUGGUGAUCCCAAAUGAAGGAAUGCCAAUCUCAAAAGAACCUAGCAAGAAGGGACACCUUAAAAUCAAAUUUGAGAUCAUCUUUCCGUCAAGGCUCACUGCAGAACAGAAGUCUGAUCUGAGGAGGGCAUUGGGUGGAGCUGAUAAAUAGUCAAUAGUCCAUGCUUGAGGUCACAACCAUCUAUUAACACUGAUUGAUAUUGAUUGUCAACUCAAUGUAAAUAGGUUUAAUUAUCAACUACUAAAGAGGAAAGAUUGUGCAUAGUAGGAAACAAGUUUGAAGGGUUGCAAGCGAUGUUCUGCCACUAUAUUCUAAUUGAAAAUUGUAUACUUGUAUUCAGUGGUGGUUUUGUACUGGAAGUUGCAGGAAAGAACUUUCGUGCUAUAUAUUUCGGAAAUGACAGAAUUUUAAUGCAUUAUCUGUUUUCAAAUUUAA